GAGAUGGAGGACUACAUUGCCAAGUUCCUUGGGAUCUCCAGCGAUGCCCAGGCCAACGAAACUCAGGAAAAGACCAUGCUGCUUAAGCAGGGGUUGAAGACCUUCCCCAAGGCUGCCCUCUGGUCUAUCGUCCUUUCCACUGCUAUCAUCAUGGAAGGUUACGAUACCAGUUUGUUGAACUCGUUUUACGGUCUUUCAGCUUUUCAGAAGAAGUUUGGUGUUCCAAGUAAAAAGGGGGGAUACCAGAUUGAACCCAAGUGGCAGACUGCCUUGAGUAUGUGUGCCAAUGUUGGUGAGAUCUUGGGAUUGUUCGCUGCUGGCUUUAUUGUUGACAGAGUUGGUUAUCGUUGGACUUUGAUUGGCUCGCUUACUAUGGUUAUCGGCUUUAUCUUUAUUCUUUUUUUUGCUGAGAAUCUUGGUAUGCUUGCUGCCGGUGAGAUUUUGUUAGGGUUGCCGUGGGGUGCAUUCCAGACCUUGACGGUUUCCUAUGCCUCCGAGGUUUGUCCACUUGUAUUGAGAUUCUACUUGACCACUUACGUCAACAUUUGUUGGGUUAUUGGGCAGUUGAUUGCCUCGGGUGUUUUGAAAUCCUAUGUCGGUUCCAAAUCCAAAUGGGCUUACAAGGUUCCUUUUGCGCUCCAGUGGAUAUGGCCUGUGCCAAUAAUGAUAGGUAUCUACUUGGCGCCAGAAUCUCCGUGGUGGUUGGUUAAGAAAGGGAGAGUCAGUGAGGCCAGAAAGUCGAUAGGCAGAUUAAUUUCCGAGAACGAGCUGAUUCCUGAUAAGAGUGUUCUCGCGGAUGCAAUGACCGCCAAAAUCCAGUUGGCUAACGAAGAAGAGGCUGCUUUAGUAGCGGGUUUAUCCUACACCGAUUGCUUCAAAGGUGUCAACUGGAGAAGAACCAGAGUUGGAGCCAUGGUAUGGCUCGUUCAGCACAUCAGUGGUGGCGCCUUAUCCGGCUAUUCCACCUAUUUCUACGAACAAGCUGGUUUGGACAAAAGUAACGCGUUCACUUUCACAAUCGUGCAAUAUUCUUUGGGUCUCAUCGGUACUAUCGGGUCAUGGUUCCUCUCUCAGAAGGUUGGUAGAUUCAAGAUUUAUUUCUUCGGUCUCUGCGCUCAGGCCAGUAUUCUUAUUUUGAUUGGUAUCCUUGGAUGCCUCAGUGCAAAGAGUGCUUCAUGGGGCAUCGGGUCUCUUUUGCUAGUCUUUGUCUUUGUGUACGAUUUAGCUGUCGGCCCGACGUGUUACUGUCUCGUUACCGAAAUCCCAUCUGUGAGAUUGAGAACCAAGUCAGUUAUUAUCUCUAGGAAUGUGUACAACGUUGCUGGUAUUUUCAACGCUGUUGUCACUCCGUACAUGUUGAACCCAGAUGCAUGGAACUGGAAGGCCAAGACCGGAUUCUUCUGGGCAGGUUCUGCCAUCCUCAGUGCUGUUUGGUGUUGGUUCGAGUUGCCUGAGACUAAGGGCAGAACAUUUGCUGAGUUGGAUACCUUGUUCAAGAACAAGGUCAAAGCCAGGGACUUUGUGAAGACUGAGAUUACCACGUUUGAUGCUCAAGAGAUGAUGGUGAGAUUGGGAGAGGAAGGGUUGAAGAAGGUAGUGCAAGACACUGAAGGUUCCACCACUGGCUACGAUAACGGAAGGGAAUACUCUCCCCAAGCUUCCCCUUAGGGUUCUCACAAG